AUGGCACGCAUGGACAUCUCCGACGACGUGCAAACGAAGCACGUGCGCGAAGCCUACCGGCUGCUCAACAAGUCCAUCAUCAGGGUGGAGCAGCCCGACAUCCAGCUGGGGGCCGAUCAGGAAGAGGAGGAGAUGCAAGACGUUGUGGAGGAAGGAGUAAUGGAGGAGAGGCCUACCGAAGCAGCGGCGGCGAAGAAGAAGAUGCUGCUGAGCUUCGAGGAGUACAAGACCAUCAGCAAUAUGAUUGUGGUGCAUAUGAGGAGGGAGGAGACCAGAUUGGAAGCAGAAGAGAAGGAGGGAAUCCAUAGAAGUGAUGUGGUUGAAUGGUACCUGAACCACGUGGCAGAUCAAAUAGAGACCGAAGAGGAACUGAUAGAGAAGAAGGAUAUGUUCGAGAAAGUGCUCGACCGCCUCAUAUACCACGAUCAAAUUAUCAUUCCCUUGACGAGAGUGGGAUUAAAAGGUUCAGACCAAGAAACCGAAGAGGAUCCAAUGCUCGUUGUCCACCCGAAUUACAUUAUUGAUUAG